AUGAGCUACUGCGAAGAUAAUGGCAUCAAUGUUAACAAGCCUGACUUCCGAAAACUCGAUCUGGGUUCACCAGUUUCGACCUUGUUAACUCGCCCGGGUGGAUUCACUGCCACCAGUAGCAGUUCAAGUUCCUCCGGAUCCCUCUCAGGCCGGACCGCCGCUGGUCCCAGUUCGAAUAUUCCAGGAAUAUCCUAUUCCAACUACAGCACUCACUCCGGCGAGCUAUCAGGUUCUUCGGUGGAGAGUUCCCCGAAACCUAACCGUAACUUCAAGCCGGGACAUAGUCGCUCAUAUUCGACCGGUACACACCCGGUAAUCUCCUCCGGUGGGCGAUCGGUUAACUCUCCGUCGGUCAAUGUGUUUCCCACCGGGAAUAUCUGCCCCUCCGGCAGGAUUUUGAAGCCCUCCAUUACUGUUCGGUCUACCAAGACCGACGUUUUUGGGUCUGGCACCGCCAAUUAUGGCCACGGCAGCAUAAUCAGGGGUGGUGCAGCAUCUAAACACACUGCAACUACCGACUGCGGACCGGUAAAUUACUCGAGAGGAGGAGAUGCAAUGAGGAGAAUGGGAGUGGAUAAUAGUAAUGAUCCAGAGGAAAUGAAGAGAAUAGGGAAUGAGAAUUACAAGAAGGGUAAUUUUCCGGAGGCUUUACGCCUGUAUAAUAAGGCCAUCGCAAUUUCCCCUGGCAAUGCGGCUUACCAUUGCAAUAGGGCCGCGGCUUUGAUGGGUCUGAGGCGGCUGGCAGAGGCCGUGCGAGAAUGUGAAGAGGCCAUUAGGUUGGAUCCGGGAUACGCGAGAGCGCACCAUCGCUUAGGGUCUUUGUUUAUUAGGCUGCAGGUACUGAAACCAUUAAAAGAACUCCAGGCUCCGUUGAUGGAGCUGUCCUUGAUCUUUAGCUCGCCUUUGCGUAUAUUUUCCUUCUUUGCCUUUGUAGUUCCAACCGAGUUACCUGAUCAGGGGACUAUGUCGGAUUUCAGGCAUCAGCCUGAUCCAGUCGAGUUACUGAGGUUGCAAACAGUAGAGAAGCAUCUGAGUAGAUGCACAGAUUCACGGAGUGUACGUGAUUGGAGAAGUACAUUGAGGGAAGUUGAUGCUGCCAUAGCUUCUGGAGCUGAUGCUUGUCCUCAGCUUUGUGCAUGUAGAGCGGAGGCUCUCUUGAAGCUCCACCAACUAGACGAUGCUUAUAUGGCUUUGUCAAACAUUCCUGAACUUGAAUCAUAUACCACUUACCCAUCACAAUUGAAGGUUUUUGGGAUGCUUCUGGAAGCUUAUUUGUUCUUUGUUCGAGCCCAAAUUGAGUUGUCGAGGGGAAAGUUUGAGAAGGCACUUACGGCGAUUGAAAAAGCUGGACAAAUUGAUCGCCUUAAUGUUGAAGUCUCAGUUAUGCUUAACGAAAUGACAUUGGUAGGCCGAGCUCGAACUAAAGGGAAUGAACUUUUUAAAUCUGAAAGGUAUACUGAAGCUUGCUCAGCUUACGGGGAAGGGCUCAAGCUUGAACCUGCAAACUCAGUUCUGUACUGCAAUAGAGCAGCUUGUUGGUUUAAGCUUGGGCAGUGGGAGCGGUCUGUAGAUGAUUGCAACCUGGCUCUUGGUAUCCAGCCAAAUUAUACUAAAGCUCUACUUCGAAGAGCUGCCUCAAAUAUUAAGCUUGAAAAAUUGGCCGAAGCUGUGAGAGAUUAUGAGAUUUUGAGAAAGGAACUCCCAAAUGAUAAUGAGGUUGCUGAAUCUUUGUUCCAUGCACAAGUUGCAUUGAAGAAAUCUCGUGGAGAAGAGGUUUACAACAUGAAAUUUGGUGGGGAUGUGGAGUUGGUUUCAGGCCUUGAGCAAUUCAGCGCCUCAAUUUCUUCACCUAGUGCAUCUGUGGUUCAUUUCAAAGCAUCAUCUAACCUACAAUGUAAACAGAUAUCUUCAUUCUUGGACACACUAUGUGCUCGAUAUCCAUCGGUAAAUUUUCUUAAGGUGGAUGUUGAAGAGAGUCCCACAAUAGCUCAUGCUGAAAAUAUCAAAAUCGUACCAACAUUCAAGAUUUACAGAAAGAGCAACCGAGUGAAGGAAAUGAUCUGCCCAAGUCCAGAGGUCUUGGAGUCCUCAGUGAGGCAUUACAGUAUUUAG